AUGGCUAAAAGCUACUUUUUCACCCGUCGACACACCCUAUCCGGCGAAGCACUUGACUAUCCAUCAGCAUCAUGCCCUUUCGGACGAGGUGUUUUCGUAUGGGAUGUGGCUGGUAAGAGGUACUACGACUGUCUUGCUGGUUACUCGGCCGUCAACCAGGGUCACUGUCAUCCUCGGAUAGUGGCGGCUGCAGUGAAACAGAUGCAGAUACUUUCAUUGACGUCACGAGCAUUCUAUAACAACGUGCUUGGAGAAUAUGAGGAAUUUAUUACGAAGAAGUUCAAAUAUGACAAAGCUCUACCAAUGAAUACCGGCGUGGAAGCAGCCGAAUCGGCAGUGAAACUUGCUCGACGUUGGGCCUACGAUGUGAAGAAGGUUCCUGAGAAUAAGGCGAAAGACGUAGCGAGUUUUCCCGCUUACAAAACGGAUUCUCUCGAUGCGUCAGCGCGCUGUAUGGUUUUCGCAGAGAACAACUUUUGGGGCCGAUCAAUUGCUGCCAUUUCGGCAUCAAGCGACCCGGAUUCCUACGGCGGCUUUGGACCUUUUGUACCACUCUUCGAACGAAUUCCCUACAAUGAUUUGAAAGCGCUCGAAAAAGCCAUAUCAGAUCCGAACACAGCCGGUUUUAUGGUGGAACCGAUCCAAGGAGAAGCUGGCGUCAUAGUACCAGAUGCCGGAUACUUAAAG